UUCCAGGACAAUGCCAAGUGCAACCGAAUGCCAGAGUGAACUGUGGAUACCCCUACAUCAGUGCUAAGGAAUGCUAUAAUAAAGGAUGCUGUUUUGAUUCAAGUAUUGCUGGAGUCAUCUGGUGUUUCUUUCCAAAAGAUAAUACAGCUCCACUUAUGCCACAUAAUACUCUCUUUGAUCCAAAUCUCUACUUUCCAAGAGUUGUGUGCUAUGAAGAAUCAGAAAAGGAUCUGGUUAUGUCUAGUUAUUUUAAUUCUAGGUUGCAGCGUACUGCUCGAAGGGGUAACAGCUCCACGUUUGGUCUCACAGGUUGGUCUGAAAGACCAUGCUGGUUGAACAGCAUGAAAGCUCAGCACAUGCAGAUGACUCUAAAAAAAAUCAUUUGCCAUACAUUGGUAACAUGGGAUAACCAUGAGUUUUGUCUUUUGACAGCAAAAUGCCGAUGUGAUGUUGAUCCCCACAAACGAUCCAACUGUGGACCUCCCGGGAUCACUCCCCAGGAAUGCGAAAAUAAAGGAUGUUGCUUCAGUUCAACAGUGCCAGGAGUCCCUUGGUGCUUUAAACCAACCCCUCCAAAAUCAAAAUGCCGAUGUGAUGUUGAUCCCCACAAACGAUCCAACUGUGGACCUCCUGGGAUCACUCCCCAGGAAUGCGAAAAUAAAGGAUGUUGCUUCAAUUCAACAGUGCCAGGAGUCCCUUGGUGCUUUAAACCAACCCCCCCAAAAU